GGAAGAAAAAAAGAAAACAACAUCAUAACAACAAAUAUCGUGAAAUAAUCACCAGUUCGCCGAACGAUAACCAAAAGAAAUCGUACCACAAAUUACGAUGCGUCUGCACGGGUUGUUUAGAGUUUCGCAGCUGAAUGGCAAGCGGUACAACUCCAGCUCGAUGUACGUGCCGGCGCACGAACCGGCGCUGGAAAGUGAUCGUCGUCGGUUGGAACAGUUCCUGGAAGACAAACCACACAUCCUUGUCCUGACCGGGGCUGGUAUAUCGACCGAAUCCGGCAUCCCCGACUACCGGUCGGAGGGGGUCGGUUUGUACGCCCGAUCCAACCACAAACCGAUACAGCACGGAGACUUUGUAAAGUCGGAAGCGACCCGGAAGCGGUACUGGGCACGGAACUACGUCGGAUGGCCACGCUUUUCGUCGAUUGCACCGAACGUUACACACUACACGCUGGCACGGUUGGAGCGCGAGGGACGGAUAAGCGGUAUCGUAACACAGAACGUGGACCGAUUGCAUGGGAAGGCCGGAUCGAAGGAGGUGGUCGAACUGCACGGUAGCGGGUACGAUGUGAUCUGCGUUGGGAACCAGGACGAGCGGGGAAAGGGCUGUAACUAUCGUAUCGAGCGGCACGAGUUUCAGCACAUCCUGGACCAGCUAAAUCCCGCGAUGGAAGAUAAAUCGACCAUGAUGCGACCGGACGGUGAUGUGGAACUAUCGAUGGAGUAUGUGGAGGGAUUUAAAAUACCACCCUGCCCCCAGUGCGGCGGAAAUUUGAAGCCAGAAAUUGUGUUCUUCGGGGAUAAUGUGCCCAUGCCGAGGAUAGAGAAGGUCGUACGGAUGAUCAUCGAAUCGGACGGUGUUCUUGUGCUGGGUUCCAGCCUGACGGUAUUUUCCGGGUAUCGGAUAGUGCUGCAGGCGAAGGAGCUGGGUCUGCCGGUUGCUAUCGUUAAUAUUGGCACCACGCGCGGUGAUCCGAAGGCGGAUCUGAAGAUUUCGGCCAGAUGUGGUGAAAUCAUGUCGAAUCUCUUCAAGGCGAACAGUUAGGGCGGAUAACAGUAAGCGUAGUCAAAACAAAAAAUUAGACCGUUGUUGUACAUACAGACCAUUAGCUGUAUUGAAAAGUGUUAGCUAAUUCCAUUUGUUACCUUCUUUUGUUUUGUAUGAUAUGUAAAACAGGAAAUAAACGUGUUGAUUUUUAAGAA